GGGCACCUAUAGCUGCAACCGCGCGGAAGGCCUGCUGGCUGCGGCUGAGAUCCGGCCGGCAUUUUUCUUGCCGUUAAAACCCUAAGGUUGCUUUGCCCUCUUGUGUGGAGCUGCGAUCUAAGGUGGUGGGAGCUGCAGGCGGGACUCGGGGAGGCCCAGGAACUAGAAAUGGACACAGUGGCCUUUGAGGAUGUUAAUGUGGAGUUCACCAUGGAGGAGUGGGCUUUCCUGGAUCCCGAACCAGAAAAAACUGUACACAGAUGUGAUGCAAGAAACCUUCUGGAACCUGGCAUCAGUAGCAUGUAUUUUGGAAGAAAAAUGUGAAGAACAUGACAGUGAAGAUCAGUAUGAAAAUCAUGGGAUGAGUCUUAGCAGUCAUAUGGUAGAGAGACCCUGUAAAAGGAAGGAUGGUAGUCAAUGCAGAGAAAACUUCAGCCAGAUUCCAAAUCAUAAUGAAAAGAAGGAAACUCCUACUGAAAUAAAACAACCUAAAUCCAGGUUGUGUAGGCAAAUCUUCAUGCAUUAUUUAUCCUUGAAUAACCACCUGAGCUGCUCUCACGGUCCCAAACUAUACCUGUGUCAGGAAUAUGAAGAAAACGAUUAUAAAUGUAAGGAACCUGAGAAAGCUUUCAAGCAUCACCAACAUAUUCAAAGCCAUGAAGGCAGACCUAGUGGGAAAGCUUUCCACUAUUCAGCUUCCCUUAGAAAUCAUGAAAGAACACAUAUUCCUAGGAAACCGUAUGAGUGUAAGCUAUGUGGGAAAGGCUUUAGUCGUCUCAGUUGCUUUAAACUUCACGAAAACACUCAUAGUGGAGAGAAACCAUAUCAAACUAAGCAAUGUGGCAAAGCUUUCAGUUCUCCCAAGUACUCUGGAGAAAAUGAAAGAACACAUACUGCAGAAAAGCCCAAUCAAUGUAAGAAAUCUGGUAAAGCUUUCAGUUCUACUUCUCUUAGAAACCAUGAAAGAACACAUACCGGCAAGAAACCUUAUGAAUGUAAGCAAUGUGGGAAAGUCUUCAGUUUGCUCAGUUCUCUUAGAAAUCAUAAAAGAAGUCAUGAAGAAAAGAAGCCUCAUGAAUGUAAGGAAUGUGGUAAAGCAUUCCGUCAUUGCUGUUCCCUUCGAAAGCAUGAAAUAACUCAUACUGGGGAAAAACCCUAUGAAUGUAAGCUUUGUGAAAAAGUUUUCUCUUCUUCAGUUGCCCGUCGACGUCAUGAAAGAACUCAUACUGGGGUAAAAUGCUAUGAAUGUAAGCAUUGUGGUAAAGGUUUCUAUUAUCAGUCUUCUCUCCUAGAUCAUGAAAGAACUCAUACUAGGGAAAAACCCUAUGAAUGUAAGCUUUGUGGUAAAGUUUUCUCUCAUUCAACUUCCCUCCAAUAUCAUAAAAAAACUCAUACUGGGGAAAAACCCUAUGAAUGUAAGCAAUGUGGGAAAGCCUUCAGUUCUCCCAGCUCUCUUGGGAAACAUAAAAAAAGUCAUGAUGGAAAGAAGCCUUAUGAAUGUAAGGAAUGUGGUAAAACAUUUCAUCAUCACUAUUCCCUUAGAAAUCAUGAAAGAACUCAUACUGGGAUAAAACCCUAUGAAUGUAAGCAAUGUGGGAAAGUCUUCACUUGGCUCAGCUCUCUUGGAAAACAUAAAAGAAGUCAUGCCAGGAAGAAGCCUCAUGAAUGUAAGGAAUGUGGCAAAACUUUCCUUUAUCCUGCUUUCCUUAGAAUUCAUGAAAGAGUGCAUACUGGGGAAAAACCCUAUGAAUGUAGCCAUUGUGGUAAAGCUUUCUCUUAUCCAACUUCCCUCCGAUGUCAUGAAAGAACUCAUAAUAAGGAAAAACCCUAUGAAUGUAAGCUGUGAGGGAAUGCCUUUAUUCAUCCCAGUUCCCUUCAAAAUCACAAAAACUUAAUAGUGGAGAGAAAUCAUUAGGAAUGAAAUAACUCACACUGAAAAUAAGCUCUGUCAUGUAAAGAUUGUAGAAAAGCCUUUAACCAUCCUAGUUUUGUUUUGUUUUUUAGUCCACACCUGAGGAUAUUUUUCCAUUGAGAUAGUGGAAUUCA